UUUCGUUUCUCCUACUCGUCGCUUUCUUUGUUUUAAACAUGUUUGUGGGGGUUGUGGUGGAAAACUUUCAUCGGUGUCGGGAGGAGCAGGAGAAGGAGGAGAAGGCAAGACGAGCAGCUAAGCGAGCUCGUAAGUUGGAAAAGAAAAGAAAAAAAAUGAGAGAACCACCUUAUUACAUUAAUUACUCUAAGCCUCGUCUGUAUACCCACAACAUCGUGACCAGCAAAUAUUUCGACCUAGCCAUAGCAGCGGUCAUAGGACUGAAUGUGGUUACCAUGGCAAUGGAAUUCUAUAUGAUGCCGUUGGAACUGGUGUAUGCCUUGAAGAUAUUCAAUUAUUUCUUCACUGCAGUUUUUAUUGUGGAAGCUUUCAUGAAAAUCUUAGCUGUCGGAGUUAAAAGAUAUCUUAAGGACAGGUGAGUUA